CCGACGUGUUCCGAGUCGGCUCGAUUCAGUCGCGGCCGAUCCGCCACGCCAUCACGAGCACGCUCGUUAAACGUGCGCCUUUUCGUUUUCGUCGCGUCUCUUUUUCACUCGAGUCAACGUCUCCUUUCCUAGCCUCGAGAAAACUACCUUUCCCCCCUCACCCUUUUCGAACAACAGCACGAGUGGAGCGAGUGCAACUCACCGGAUGCGUCGAUUUCUUCGAUUCGAGGAUCGGAAGGUCGCGAUCGAAGAGAAGAGGGGCUGAUCUCACCCAUGCCGUUGGCGAGUCGCGUGGAAGGAGGGAAAGAGGAACAGGUGUCCGGCUCGAGGGAUAAGCAAGGGUAUGAUAAUAAGGGUUCGUUUUCGGGACGAGUGCGGUGAAAUGAAACGAGUGUUGGAACGCGGUGGUUCGUGAACAGUGAUACUUGGUGAACCGGAAACCACGCGACGCGUGUCAAGUGCGAGUGGAUGGAAUAGUGGAUGGAAUUCUUCUUCUUCUUCCGUCAGUGUUCUUUUUUGAAAGGAGGAACUGAUUUUAAAUCGAAAGUAAGUGAUUUAUGCGAUACAUCCGCGAAGCCUUGUUCUUGCCGGAACGCUUCUCUCUUCGAUUUUUCACCGUAACGUUCCGACGAUAAGUAUCGAUAAUUGACGCUCGUAUUUGUGUAAGAAACGUGGUGGUGAGAACGGAUGCAUUUCUAAACACCGUUUGAUGUUAUCGUUUCUCAGUCAUCGUUCUAUUUUUUACGGAGCACACCACCAUUGCACGAGUAAUUUCGUAUUUGUGAAUAUUAGAAAAGGUUAAAAGUGUUACAACGUGCUUUUAUAUUGAAAUCAUAGAGUUUCUGCACUUUCUUCCGAUAUAUUGCCCUAACAUCCUACGAAGUAUGUAAUUUGCAGCAAUUUACUUUUCUGUUCUUUUUUGUGACGUUGUUAAAUAUAUUUGUAUUAUUUUAAAAAGCCUGCUCGUAAUAUAUAUUUUUAAAAAUUUCGUUAAGUGAAGUUUCUCUUUGUGAAAGCAACACUGAAGUGCGCGUUAUAAUUAUACGAAUUGGAAGAUAAAUUGAAAAAGUUAAUUGGUUCUCCUUGGAUAAACAAUUGUUGGAGUGGUCUCGUGGAUGAUUAAGAACGUUCUACGCUAUUAAUCUGGCGGUGACGAAAAGAUCGGAUAUAAAAGAAGGGAGGAGAAAAUAUCGGAGGAGGCUACGAUAAUCGCGAUCCGUGGAUUCGGGUGCGAAGAGAGGAACAGAGGUGGGAAUCGUUGGACGGAAGGCAACGCCCUUUUCCCGUCGGGAGGAUGAAGGCCAGGCUGGUACGUCGGCUCGUAGCCACGUCCGUGACCUAAGGCCGGCCGCGGCCGUCAGAGGAGAAGAAGAGGAAGAGGGGAAGGGGAAAGGACGCGGUGGGGCGACGAGCAUGACGACGAUCGUGACGAGCAGCGAAUCGAGCGAGGUGGUGUCCUCGGUGGACGUGACGACCCUGCUGAACGGCAUCUCGACCGAGGACGGCCAACUGGGGAACGCGAGCUACUCGAACGAGGAAAAGUUGUCGGUGCCUGUGACGAUCGUGAAAGGUUGCCUGUUGGGCUCCAUCAUAGUGACCGCGGUGUUCGGUAAUCUGUUGGUGAUGGUGUCGGUGAUGCGGCACAGGAAGCUGCGGAUCAUCACCAAUUAUUUCGUGGUCUCUUUAGCGUUGGCCGACAUGUUGGUUGCGAUGUUCGCGAUGACGUUCAACGCGAGCGUGCAAUUGACCGGGAAAUGGCUGUUCGGUUAUUUCAUGUGCGACGUGUGGAACUCCCUGGACGUGUACUUCAGCACCAGCUCCAUCCUCCAUCUGAUGUGCAUCUCGGUGGAUCGUUACUGGGCGAUCGUGAAACCGCUCAAAUAUCCCAUUAUCAUGACCAGGAGGCUGGCCGCCUAUAUGCUGCUCGCCUGUUGGAUAUUGCCCGCGUUCAUCUCGUUCAUGCCCAUUUUCAUGGGAUGGUACACCACGCCUGAGAACAGUAUGCACAGGCAGAACCAUCCCGAGUUAUGCGAGUUUAAGGUGAACAAGAUUUACGUGAUAUUCUCGUCGAGCAUCUCGUUCUGGAUACCGUGCACCAUCAUGACGCUCACGUAUUUCGCCGUGUUUAAAGAGGCGAACAGGCAGGAGAAGCAAAUGCACAGCAGGAUGGGGAACGUGAUGCUGUUGAGCCACAGGCCGAGCAAGGAUUUGAAUAAUUUGAACGGGGAGCUGAACAGCGCGGGCUCCUCCAAGACGUUGACGUUGAACGAGAUCAGUACCAAUCACCUGCACACGCCUACCAAGGAUAAGAAUAUCAUGAAGAUGAAGAGAGAGCACAAGGCUGCCAGGACGUUGGGCAUCAUCAUGGGCACCUUCAUACUCUGCUGGUUGCCCUUCUUCUUGUGGUACGUUAUCACAACGUUGUGCGGAGAAUCCUGUCCGUGUCCCAACGUCGUGAUCGCCCUGCUUUUCUGGAUCGGGUACACGAAUUCGGCGCUGAACCCGUUGAUCUACGCGUACUUCAACCGCGACUUCCGAGAAGCUUUCAAGAAUACUCUGCAGUGCGCGUUCUGCUCGCUCUGCAGACGAGAGCCGUCCGAUCUCGAGGCGCUCGAUUUCCGUCGGCCGUCCCUAAGGUACGACGAUCGCACUAAGAGCAUAUAUUCGGAGACGUACAUCAAACACAUCGACCGACGAAGAUCGAGCGAGUACGGUAGCAGCCUCUGAAAGAAGAGCAAUUUUCUACCAUCGACUUCACUCGCGAUGCAAACAAAAAGAGAAAAAGACACGCAUAAACACCUACACACCCACCUACAAAUUAUACAUCCGUAUCGUUGCCUACACACACAUGUACACAUAUAUAUACAAAACAAGUAAAACGACGCGUCGAUCGUCGAUUGAUAUAUACGUAACGUGUUAGCCUCGAGAGAUUCUGCGCCAUUUUGCCAAAAACUCGCGGAACACGAAUCUUGCCAAGUAAAUGCUCGCGUUUCUAUCCAUCUGCGUCGCGUGUUUACGGUUUCCGGCAAAACAUUCGGAUCAAGUGCGUGAUCCUUGCGUCAAAGCGACUCCAAGAAUCGUAGAUCAGUAAUGGGAGUAAUGGGAAGAAAGAUUUCCAGUGUUAAACCCGAUUCACGAGAUAUUCAAAGAUAGAUUUUUUAGUGAAAACGUCGUCUGAGAUAAUCAAGGACCACACGAGAUAAUGUAUAAUCGCGCUAUAUUCGCGUUCGAUCAAUCGCGAAAGCAAUCAAGCUUAAUGAUUAAAUUCAAUAACCGAAUAUUGCGUUUAUUCAUGGUUUCAUUGUUUUCCAAUUUUCCUACAAGAUUAUCGAACGUGUCAAGUUCAAAACGGUGUUCAUUCAGUGAUACAUUCAGGAAUACGCAAGAAGGAAACAAUAAGUUUGUUUCCUGAGGAGAGACGGUUACGAUAACGCGGAUAUCAUUUCAAACACGAUGUUACGUAGCAAACAGCCAAGACAGGAAACAAAUGUUUAUUCCAUCAGAAUGGAAAGGAACCGGAAGCACGCGUGGACAGGGAUACGCGAGAAUCGUACAUCAUCGCGAAACGAUCACAGAGAUGUACACCGAGGACAGGUAGAGAUGCGCGUGAAACGCAUAGGUCACGUUGCAUUGCCAAAGAUAUAUAUAUAUAUUCUUAAACGAAAAUCUCACGAGAAGAGAGGCACGCAAUUGAGGGAUCGAUCGAUGGAGAAAUCGCGUCUUUUGUUUUUCGAGGAAUUUGAAAGAAGGACGAGGACGUUUUCGAGGAAAGAAACGAUCAGCUCGUCAAAGAUCCACUUUCGUCCGAUUCUCUUUCGAUUUUCGAAUAAUCUGCAUCCUAUUGGGUGGCCAAGUGCGCUCGAAAUCGUUUAUCGAUGGUAAACUGGAAGAAGUGGAAGAUAUUACGGAUGAAAUUGAACGAUCGGAGAUGUAAUUAGUUUAUCGAUUGCACAGUUUAGAGUGGAGUCCAUUUUUGAUAAUCGAUUUUAUCCCAUAUUAGACGGUGUACAAUAAGAACGAAGGUUCGAUAAGAAUUAAAUAAGAAUUCCAUAUAAUUUUUGAUUCGUGUUCGAAGGAAAAGUUUGCGUGGAGAGUAUAAUCAUUGUUAUUGUUAAUUUAAUUAGUAGGUAUUGCUCAUCAACGAUAAUGUUAUUACGCGACACGUUGCACGAUAUGUCUGUUGCGAAUUUUCUUCUUCUUUUUUUUUUCUUUUUAAGAAGAAAAUCACGACACCGUGAUGUACAAUUCCAAAGAUCGUUGUUAUUGUUUGCGUUGUUAUUUAAUUAAUGUUAUUUGUUUUUAAACGGAUAUUUAUUAAAUCGUUGCUUUCAGAAGUUACGUGAAAAAAAAUAUUGAAUCUUUUAUUCUCUCGUACGUUUAUUGUACAUUUGUUGUUCUCGUGCGAUUUCGAAAUAGCAAAUAUAUUUGUUCUUUAUUUAUUUUACAAUUAAGAGAUGUCUUCCUUGGAAGAAAACGCGAUAGUUUAAAAUACGAUACACAAAAAUAAUUAUAUAUUCGUAGCUUCUUGAAUUUGUUUCUAGAUUAUUUAUUAAACUUAUUUAAUUACUUUUGGAUUAAAGUUACGUCGAAUGGCUGCAAAGGCAUCUAAUUAAAAAAUUUGUAAUAUUAUAUUCUGACUGUAAAAAUGCCAUUUUUAUUUUAAUCUUUUAAUCGGAUAACGAAUGUCUUCAUCAUCUUUGUAAAUUUUAUUUAAUCGUUAAGAGUCGUAUAGUCGAUUUUAAUAUCAUUUGUUUACCAGGAAUAUUUAUCCCGUCUGAGAUGUUACUUUAGCUUCUAAUCCAAUUAUUUUACAAGAUUCGCAGGAUAAUUCCAUUGCAUCUCAAAACGUUCAAAACGAAAGAAACACAAAAAUUGAGACACGUCGAAAAAAUUAGUAACGAUCAAAUAUACGAUCUUUAAUAGAACGAGAUAGAAACUUCAUCUAAAAUAAAUUCACGAAAAUAACUAUACCUUUACAACCCUUAUAUUUUGAUAUUACGAUAUUUAAGUCUCUGUGAUCAACAUUUUCCGUUAAUUUAAAGAGAAAAGUAAAGAGAGAUAUUACGAAUAUCUAUAAAAAAAGACGAAAUGAUUUAUAUACUAAAAUAUGCUGCCGGUAGAACGAAUAGCAAUUCGAUUAAAGAGCCACUCCCUGUUGUGGACUGAAUGAACUUCGCACUGAAAAUUAGCGAAGGCACCGUGAAAAUCCCACGCGAGCUUCAAUUCGAAUUAAUUAACGCGUAGCCACGCCAUUCGGAUUCUCCAAAGAAGAAAAGUUUGAAUAAAGUGUCUCGAGUAAUUAAAUCGAUAGAAAAGGGAUCGAUUAAAAGGGCUCGCUACAAAUGACAUCGAAUCAUCCGUUAAAAUAGAUCGGAUAGAAAAAGAUUCUUAAAUUGAAGCGAAAAAAAAACAGAGUUAAUUCAAUGCAAUAACGUCGCUUUAUUAGAGUCUUAAUUAGACAAGGCUUUAUUAUUAUUUUAAACUCGACGUACGCGUCCUUUAGUUGUUAAUUAAUAUUAAUUCAUCCUGGAAUAUUUCGUUUAAUUUAAGUUAUGUUAAAAAAAAUAAUCAUGUCGAUUGAUCAGCAAUAUUACAAUUAAAGUCUGAUAUUAUAUAUGUAUGUAAAACAUUAUGCGAUUUCUUUUUUUUUGUUUAUUAAUUAUAUCAUUUCGUUUUUUUUUAAUUUUCAUGUCAUCGUUUUUCUGUGAUAGAAUUCGCGUGUUAACAUUCACUGUAAAUAGUUUGUAAAUACGUGCAUUAUUUCAAUAGCAUGAUAAUCGAUAGUCGAAGAUACGAUGUUUCUUUUAUAUAAAUGACUACAUUUUAGUUUGUAAAAAAAAAAAAGAAAAAAGGAAAAAAAGGAAAAAAAGAAAAAAAGGAAAAAAAUAAUAGCCCGCGUGUCAAUAUUUAUAAUGAAUCAGCGAUAGCUAAUGCGUCGAUAGAAAAUUAUAUAACGUUAAUUCGAAGAUUGCGUUUUCGUUUAUUUUUUAUUGAAAGUGAUAACAUUUCAAAUUAUGAUUUUUUAAAUUAUAAGGUCACGAGAUAUUUUAAUUUUUGUUAAUGUAUAAACUUGUAAUAAAUUAUCGCUCGAAUAUUAAUUUGUUUUAUAAUCUUUAUAUUUAUGUAUUUAUUCAUUAUUAUUAUUAUUAAAGGAUUAAAGAAUAUCAUGGAUUAAAAAAUAUUGAAGAAUUUUCGUUGUGAAAUUUUUAUUUUAUUUUAUUUUAUCGAGUAUCUCUCAUUUGACCUUAUUGCAUUUCUUUUUGUAAUAAACGUCGAUGAACGACGUUUGUUUUCGAAAUAUCUGCAGGAUAUAGCGAUAUCAUGAAAGAAAUAUUGCACAUACAUGCAUAUCUCAUAUGUGAAAUUUUUUAGAGAAAGAGAGAGAGAGAAAAAAGAAGAAAUAUUUUGGAAACUAUAAUUAUGGAUUUUACUGUUUCAUAUUCAUUUUUUGUAUUAACCUGUUAGAAAUAAAACUUGAUUAUAUUUUAAAUGUCA